AUGGUAGUGUUCCUGGUCUUCCUGUUGAUAUUACUUCCUCAUGCAACAUGCAAGCCUCACAUUGUGAAAUGCAAUGUCCGUGAUCCACACACUCCACUUCACCAGUAUCAUCAGAAAGGAGACCUCAUCAUUGGUGCUAUUGCCUCUCACAGUGUCAUCAUCUCUAGUUCAAUAGCCUUCACCAAUGAACCCCCGCCAGCACUGCUUGAAGAGCUGAAUGUCGUGCCCAAGAAUUACCAGCAUAUCCUGGCCUUGCAAUUCGCAAUGAAGGAGAUCAAUGAAAACCCUCGGAUAUUACCCAAUGUCACCUUGGGUUUCUACAUCUAUGACAGCUAUUUCAAUGCACAGUGGACCUAUCAUGCCACAAUGCUACUUAUAUUCACAUUGGAGACAUUUAUCCCAAACUACCUGUGUGGCCUUGAGAAAAACCUCUUAGCCGUCAUUGGGGGACUGGACUCCCAAACAUCUCUUCAAGUGGCAACAGUUUUGGAUAUCUAUAAGGUUCCACAGCUCAUAUAUGGCUCUGCACCAGUGAUGAAUGAUAAAACUCCAGGCCUUUCCUUUUAUCAGAUGACCCCCAAGGAAGACCUUCAAUAUGAGGGGAUCCUGUAUUUUCUUCUGCAUUUCAGAUGGACAUGGGUUGGGAUCCUUACCUCUGAAGAUGAAUAUGGAGAUAGACUUGUAGAAACUGUGGUUCCACUUUUCUCCCAGAGUGGUAUCUGUUUUGCCUUCACAGAAAGAACUAAGAAAUUUACUUAUGUUAGUGAGUUUAAUGCCUUGUUUGAAAAUGGGGCCAAAAUACAUGAUAGAAUCAUUGAUAGCAAAGCCAAUGCAAUUAUGGUCUAUGGGGAAUCGUAUGCUGUGCCAUUUUUCAGAUGGUUGCCUUAUCUAUCAAAACAAGAACACAUGGCAAGAAAGCCAAAAGGUAAAGUGUGGAUUCUGACAGCUCAGAUGGAGUUCACUUCAUUUGUCUACCAAAGGACCUGGGAUACAGAAAUACUCCAUGGGGCUCUCUCCUGCAGCCUUCAUUCUAAAGAUCUCCCAGGAUUUCACCAGUUUGUUGAGAGUAAAACCCCUUCCAACACAAAAGGAGAUGGUUUCAUUAGGGACUUCUGGCAACAGGCAUUUGGCUGUGUAUUCCCUGACACUGUUUUGGGUGAAGUGGACGGGGAUAUCUGCACUGGAGAUGAGAAACUGGAGAGGCUUCCUGGGCCUUUUUUUGAAAUGAGCAUGACUGGUCACAGCUACAGCAUCUACAAUGCUGUGUAUGCUGUGGCGCAUGCUUUACAUGCCAUGUUCUCUAGAGUCAAUCAGAGAGUAACUGUGGAGAGAGGAGGACUGAGGUUUCAAAACCAACAGCUGUGGCAGCUGCAUUGUUUUCUGAGGGGUGUCUCAUUUAACAACAAUGCUGGGGAUGAGGUCUCCUUUGACCAGAAUGGGGAGAUCUUAGCCGGAUUUGAUGUCACCAAUUGGAUUGUUUUCCCAAACCAAUCUUUUCACAGAGUGAAAGUUGGGAGGAUGGAUCCCCAGGGUCCUCCAGAUCAAGUCUUCACCAUCAAAGAGAAGGCCAUAACAUGGCACAACUGGUUCAACCAGACACAGCCUAACUCUGUAUGUACUGAGAGAUGCCAUCCUGGUUCUAGCAAGAAAGUGAAGGAGGGGGAGCCAUUUUGCUGCUACGAUUGCAUCCCAUGUCCAGAAGGGAAGAUUUCAGAGCAGGAGGACAUGAAUGACUGUUACAAAUGUGAAGAUGAAAAAUAUCCAAAUAAAAACCAGAAUUUAUGUAUUCGCAAGGACACAAGUUUCCUGUCUUAUGAAGAACCUUUGGGCCUCAGUUUAGCCUCUUUUUCUCUUUCCUUCUCUUUGAUCACAGCUCUGGUGCUGGGAACAUUUACAAAGCACCACAAUACUCCCAUAGUCAUUGCCAACAACAGGAACCUCACCUACACUCUCCUCAUGUCCCUCAUGCUCAAUUUCCUUUGUGCUCUGCUAUUCAUUGGCCAGCCACAAAAACUGACGUGUCUCCUCCGACAAAGUGCUUUUGGCAUCAUCUUCUCAGUGGCUGUGUCUUGUGUGUUGGCAAAAACUGUCACAGUAGUUCUGGCUUUCAUGGCCACCAAACCAGGAUCCAGGAUGAGAAAAUGGGUGGGGAAAGGACUGCCCAACUCCAUUGUUCUUUCCUGCUCCCUUAUCCAAGUAGUCAUCUGCACUGUGUGGCUGGCGACCUCUCCCCCCUAUCCAGAUGUUGACAUGAAGUCAAUGCCUGAAGAAAUUAUACUGCAAUGUAAUGAGGGUUCGGUGUCUCUGUUUUACUGUGUCUUGGGCUACAUGGGCUUUCUGGCUGUUAUUAGUUUCAUGAUGGCUUUCCUUGCUAGGAAAUUGCCUGACAGUUUCAAUGAAGCCAAAUUUAUCACCUUCAGCAUGUUGGUCUUUUGCAGUGUUUGGCUUUCCUUUGUCCCAACCUACUUGAGCACGAAGGGGAAAUACACGGUGGCUGUGGAGAUUUUUUCUAUCUUAUCCUCCAGUGCUGGGUUACUGGGUUGCAUCUUUUCCCCAAAAUGUUACAUUAUUUUGCUGAGGCCUCACCUGAAUGAUAGGGAUCGGCUAAUCAAAAGGAAAUACUAA